AUGUUUAAGCCCAGGACGACUCCAGAGUGGCUGUUCUGUGGCGCUCUCAUAAUCCAAGCGGCGACCGUUUUGAUUUUAGAGAUAUUCACCCUAUCCCAGUGGGCAUCCUGGGUACAGCCUAAUAUCAUCCAGGUCACUACGUCGUAUAUCACACCUCUAAACUUAGGAAUUCUGUUGUUCGCUUGCGUUUGCCUAUUUGUACUUGGUAUCGACGCAGUCGCUCAUAAGAACGCGAUCCUUCUUCUGGCAAUUUGUGCUAGUAAUUCCUGCGGUUUGGGUUACUCGAUAAUGCAGUAUAAGCACAUUCGGACAGCGAUUCACGAUCUCCCUCUCACCCAUGACGGGCAAAAUAGGCCAUUCGUGGAUCUGGGUCGAGAUAUAUGGCCACAAGUCAGGCCGGCUCAGCUUGCGGCCCCAGCAAUUAUAGGGUUUUGUACGCUUUUAGUCUGGCCUUUGGCGUAUCAGUUGCACCGCCAGUUCGUGUGGGAACUUUACAGAUCUAUUCGCGGAGAUACAAAGACAAAAGUUCGGUAUCGAGCCUACGAGCUAUUGCCGAGUGCUCAGGUCUACAUCGUGCUUCUCAAGGUUGAUUUCUACUUCAUCAUUGGCUUCAUCCUCCAGUAUAACUUAAUCGACGUUCAUUUCGAUGAGCCCGAGUACUCUCUCACCAUGGCGCUCAUACCAGCUACACUGAUUGUCAUGUUUUCGGGGCUAUACUUUGUUCGAUCGGAACGCAAAAUUGCUAUGAUAUGUGUCACUGUAUGUGCAAUCCUUUCGACUCGGCUCUUCGUCAAACUUUCUAAUAAACAUCCAUCGCCACUACAAAUCUGUUACUUCGCCAUGAUUGCCUACCUCUUAAGUCGGAUUAUAGUCUUGUUCGGGAACGGUCUUUGCGCAAACUCUGAUGGCAAGGACAUGAUGCUGCUGUUUGCUUUCAUGUCGCUGAUUCUUACAACCCUGAUGGUCCAAUCGGUGAUCCGAUGCAUCCUGAACUUUGGCCAAGGGCUGAAGAAUGUGCUCAAGCCGAAUAAUUUAUCAGAUCGUGAAUCGUAUCGUCCCCGACCCCUACCGGAACACCCAUCAUCUCCUGUUCAUUCGUUACAUUCUCGAAUGUCGAUCGAUUGA